AAAUUGGAAUGAGGGAUACUAUUUCGCAAUUAGUAGAAAGUCGACUCCCUGAAUAUGUAAUAAGCAUUCUAUAUAAUCUCCUGGAUUCAGUAGCAUACACAUAGCGAGUUUAGGGAGUGAAGAGAGAAGAAAAUCCACAGAUCGACACAGGGGAGGAAAUUCAGAUAUUCGACAAUUGAGAACAAGGCCGAGAAAACACCGAUGAAGCAUUCAAAGGCGACUCGUAUGGCAGCACCUCGCAGCUCUAUUGAUAUUUGGAGUGUGCAAUGUGAGGAUUGCCUGAAGUGGAGGAUAAUACCAACCCAAGAAGAGUACGAGGAAAUCAGAAGAAAAAUAGUCGAAGAUCCAUUUGUCUGCAGUAAAAAAUCCAACAUCUCUUGCAACGAUCCUGCCGAUAUGGAGUAUGAUAACUCACGUGUAUGGGUCAUUGACAAGCCAAAUCUGCCCAAAACCCCUCCGGGAUUCCAUAGAGAUUUGGUGCUAAGGAAAGAUUUUUCAAAACUUGAUUGUUACUAUUUCGCUCCCAAUGGGAGGAAAUUUAGGGCAGGUACUGAAGUUGCAUCAUUUCUGAAAGAAAAUCCAGAGUACAAGGAUUUGUCUACCUCAGAUUUCAGUUUCUCCGUCCCAAAGGUCAUGAUGAACACUGUACCUGUUGAUGCUGUAAAGGUGGAAUCCAGCGGUGGCAGUAAACGAAAAUUUUCAUUUGUAAAAUGAUUCAAGUUGCUGAUUAUUAGAAAUUACCUUGUUAUACUUUGGAUUUGGACCGGUAUUUCUUGAUGUUGUUUGUUGUUGCGUAUUUAAUCUAUCUGUCAAGUUGCGCUUUA